UUACACUUGGCACAAUGCAGUCAGGCAAGUACCGUUCUCCUGGAAACUGCCAAACCCAAACAUGUCCAUUGGAUUGCCAGACAGAGAAGCAUGGGUCAUCACUCAGAGAACACAUCUCCACUACUCUAGAGUCCAGUGUCGGCUGGCUGAGUUGCUGUUGUUCCCAGUUGCUUCCACUUUGUUAUAAUACCACUAACAGUUGACCGUGAAAUAUUUAGUAGCAAGGAAAUUUCACAGAUGGACUUAUUGCACAGGUGCUAACCUAUCACGGUACCACGCUUGAAUUCACUGAACUACUGAGAGCGACCCAUUCUUUCACAUGUUUGUAGUAACAGUCUGCAUGCCUAG